UGAACUCUCGUUUUCGGUCUAUUUUCCUUCCCUGCAUCUGAGCUGUCUGCCACUGCUUCUAUUCUGCCUGCUAUGGUUUCUACUCACGAUUCGAAUAAAGGAAAGCACCCUGGCAAUAUUCUGAAAACGGCUACAAAGAAAAGGCGUACUGCUAAAGAAAUUGCAGAAGACAAUCAGCGGAGCAAAGAAGCACAGGAAGCUCAGGAAAAAGCCGCCCAACACGGCAUUGAUCGUGUUGGAGCAAUAGAGGCCUUGAUGGACAUAGAGCAGGCAGCAGCAGUAUCGAACGUGGUGCCCAUAAAGCCAAAGCCUCAUGCGAAGGCAGUCAAAAAGAAGGCUACUAAUGAUAUCCCUUCAGACAGUUGUGUGGCAUCAGGAGAUGAGACCAGUAAUAUAGCAGGGGAUGAGGCUGAGCCAAAGCCAAAGGGGAAGGGGAAGAAAGUAAAGAAUAUGCUGUUGUGUGAGGCUGUUAGUGCUGCGAGGAUGAAAAAGCAGAUUAAGGAUCAGCCGAGAUCUGUCGAUGACAAUUGUGCACAUGACCAGAAAGGAAACUUAGUACUCGAAGCAGCAAUCCUCACAAGCACCCUCUGUCCUGAGUGGGACAACUCGAAGUGUUCCGACCUCCAAGCUGUCCUCCGCAACUGCAGCAACUACUUUUCCAGUGCAACAGAACCCCCGCCUACCCCAACAAAGACUUCUGUGUUCACUGACAAUGCUGAUGCCUCAGACGAUGACCAGAGCGACAGCGAUUCUGAAGAGCGCGCAGCCGCUAUUGUAAGCAAAGGAAAAGGAAAAGCUGGCAUGAAGACGGUUGUUGAAAUCGAGGGCAGCUCUGACUCCGAGGAGCAUGCAGCUGCUAUCACAGGAAGUCAGAGAGUCGCUGUGAAGGAGCCUCAGGCUAGUAGCGACGAUUCAGACAUGCCACUGGCUGGCACUCCCUUUGCUGAUUUGCCUUACAGCAAACAAUUGGAAAUUGUCAGCUAUGCAUUAGAGCAACCUACACCACGUACCAUCGGCAAGAGGAAGAUUGAAGAGGUGAUGGUUGAGUCAGAUGAGGAUGGAGAUGAGGACGGCUUGGAAGUUGAGUUUUAUGAUGGGGAUGAUAGCAUCAUGGAAGCCUUCAAUGAGAUCGAAGCUGCUCCCAAGUUGGUUCGCACCACAGCAAUGAUGAGUGUGACGGCUUCUGAGAAACCGAGGGCACUGCCUGGCCCUCGAGCCAAGAAGAUUAAAUCGGAGACAGCUUCCCAACCCUCAAUCACACUAACGCCAGCUGUUCCCGCCGUGUCAGAGUCAAUGCUGGCGGACAUGGCAACUGAAGCCCAAAACAGGAAACCAAAUGGCGCAUGGCACAGGCAAUUCAUUCCGACUGUUCUCCUUUGGGCAGGUAGCCAGCCCAAUUUUUGGACGAUCGAGGCCCCCGAUUUGCUGUGUGCACUGCAGGCUAUAUUUGCUACGAUGUACCCAGGAGUAGAGCACAAGGUCCAACUCAAGGGCCCCAUCAUGGGUGUGGCCACCCAGCGCUUAUGUAUGUGGCGGAACAACUUUGGUUCCACCGCGAUCGCGCUUGUUUCUAAUUUUUUGUCAUCCAUGAAUGAAAAUCAUGACGAUGACGAGCAAGCGGACAAUGAUAGUAUCGAUGUCAAUGCAGACUUGGACGCCCAGGAGAAAGCCAUGGUACAUGUGGCACACUCCCUUCUCAAAGAAUAUGCCUUUCUGUUCGCAGACCCCGAUACCUGCCAGACCUCCGAGAUUUACCGCUCCAUGUUCAUGUUGCAAAUGAUCGCAACAGUCCAUCUUAACACAUUCAUCAGCUUUGUUGAUGUGCCAGCACUUAACACAAGCGCUCUGCCUUCAAUGCAGAUGGAGGGGGUAAUUGCUGCUUGCGCUGUUGCUCUCGAACGUGCUUUUAAGUUAGUCGCAGAUAAGGAAAAGAAGGGCACGGCUCUCAAAACCCCCCUCAGACUCAACAAAGCUACUGGUAAGGAAAGCAGCGCUCAGCUAGCCUUUUCUGAGUCGAACUGGGGAACAUUCACUCGAGACUAUUACCUGUCCCUUCUGAGGCGCGGCCCGAAAUAUACAGUGGACAUGAUUAUUAUGGCACACCCAUUUGUGAAAGAUUCAAGCUCAGAUGGUAGUAGCAUCAAAGGCUCGAAUGUUGAGGAAGGUGUCGCAGCCAAGGGGGAGCGGGCAAUGCUCUGUGAGUGUUUUUUCCUUGUUCCGUGCUCCAGUGACUGAUGUAGUACUACUACUUUGACAGAAUGUCUCCAGCAUUUUUUUCUUU